AUGUUUUUUGAAAAGCUGUAUGCGUCCAUGCAAGAAGUCAAUGAGCCACUUUCUUCUGAACAGUUGAGAAUUCUUCGUGACCAAUUGGAAUCAGAAAAGCCUAAUGUGAACCCUCAAUCAGAGUUCAAUUAUGCUUGGGGGUUAGUGAAGCUGGACCAUCACAAACAACAGAUUGACGGACUCCAUAUCAUGGAAAGAUUAUAUAAAGAUGUUCCUGAGUUGCGCAGAGACUGUUUGUAUUAUUUGAGUUUAGGUUCAGUUAAAGUAGGUGACUAUAUUAAUGCUAGACGGUACGUGGAAGCUAUGUUGAAGAAGGAACCUAAUAAUUCACAAGCAUUGGAGUUAAAGAAAACCAUUGAUGAUAAAGUUACAAACGACGGUUUAGUUGGCUUGGGAGUUUUGGCUGGUGCCUUGGCAGUGGGGGUAGGUAUUGCUGGUGCCUUAAUGAGAAGGAAGAAAUAA